GGAUACCACCACAGUUGUACCCCGGGGAGCCACCCAUGCUGGCAGCAUAAAUAACAUGCUUUUGCCACCUCCUGUGGGCAUGACGACCACCACUGGGCUCUGACCUUGCUGAAUCGCUUGGAUUGCAGCUCCUUGGACGCCCUGAAACCGUGCGGAUUCAUUCCCCAUGAGCUGUUGUAAUUGGGACUCCAUUGGGGUCUGCUGUAACAACCACUGUCGCUCUGUACGGCCCUGCUCGGCCUCGAUUUCCCAUGGGGAUCGCUUGGCCUGGCCCAAUGCACUUUCAGCACCGCCAUCAUCACUGGACACAAACCCUAAAAACUUGUGCCAAUCAGUGCUACUCAGCCGGAACAUCUCACGUCGGUGGGCUGUGGUGCCAGGCUGCUCCAUGAUCCCCCGGCCAUAUACCAUGCCGGCCACAUGGGAUGAAUGUGCGGCUUGUAAAUCAGCAAUAUGUCCCAUCCAUUCCUCAGCACCCAUACCGCUUUCGGCAUCAGCAUCAUCCUGUGGGUUGGGGCAGUCAUUGUGCAUGUUGUUGGGAAAUACACUGGAUGGCCGCAUAUAUCGACGGCUGAUGCCAAUGGCGAUAUCGCGGUAUGCAGGCAAGUUCAAUGCCUGGCCUUGGAGCCCAGCGGUGGUCUCCCGUUUCAAAAGCUCUCGGAGCCGCUCUGAUGACCACUCCCGGUUGGUGCUGGGGUCUGGGGGCCAUAAAAAUGCUCGCCGGUGGCCACUAUGGAUGGUCAGCUACUGCUCUGAUCUUGAUCUGAUUCACCAUCAACAAUUCACUGUCAACAUUCACUGUCAACAUUCACUGUCAACAUUCACUGUCAACAUUCACUGUCAACAUUCACUCAUCAAUGAUUCACCUUACCAGUUGUUAUCAUUCCCCUCCAUCUGCCGUAUCUUCUGUUGAUAUGCCUCAAGCCGUUCCACAAAUGGCAGCACCAGCCAUAAAUACCAUACCACCAAUUCACCCACUUCCCGUGGUAAAUACCGGUGAAUGACCUUGGUAUCAUUGGAUGCAUAAAAGCCUUUGUGGUACUGUGUCACAAAACCCCCCAGCCCAUCCUCCACAAAUAUAUUGCGGUGCCCGCCACUGUCAGUAUUGUGGUGUCGAAUGCUCAAUAGCUCUGGGGCCCGCGCUGGUUGCCCUCCACUAAUGUGCACUGCAAUACAUAGCUUCUCCCGAAAUCGUACGACCCGCUGUAAGUAUGAAUCAAUUGCUCCCAUGCGAAAUCGGCCGGCAUGAGCCUCAGUGAACCGGCGUUGAAGCCCGGGCUCAGUGCAUACACGGUCUAACAGCCAC